AUUGUAAUGUAUAAUAUUUAAAUAUAUUCAAAGAAGAAGAAUAUAUAUGUCAAUUUAGAUCCUAAAUAUGAAACUUAAGAAGGAUAUUAUGUUUUAUCAAUAUUCAGAUUUCCAAGAAAGGUGAACUGCGACUUUUUGUAAUUUUUGUUGCAAUCUUAUUAGUUUUCAAUCUUGGUACUUGGCCCAGGAGAUAGGAAUACAAUCUACUGUAUACGGGGAUACUUUCGCCUCCAUGUAAUUUUCGCCCUCUCACCACGAGGGCGAAAAUAAAGCCUGGGCGAACAUUUGACGAUCAAGUAGAAUUAUAUAACAGGAAUUAAAGCAUCUGAGGGCGAAUUUAACACUAGGCUAAAACAGAUAUAUUUAUGCCAGGGCGAAAGUUACCCCAUAUACAGUAUCUUCAAUGGCAUUCUGUCUCCCAUUUGACAUAACAUAUUUAUCCUGCAAAAUGCCCAGGGGGCCAACAUGUAAAAUCUCUAAGGGGUGGGCUUAUUAACUAUGAUUAUUAACUAGUUUUUUGUUAAUAUUUUGCCCUUGUUUAAUCGAUUUUGAGUUUGAAUUACGAUUUUGUCACAGCGUCAGUAUUUUACAUUAUAUGAGAUAUAUCAUUUGGUGGGCUUAUUUAUAGCAGGCAUGGGCAUGUUGUCAGAUAAAUAUGGUAAUUUCAUAUGAUCUUAAUUUUGCAUUCUGAUCAUCAGUUUUUGGUUUUAUACUAAAUUUGUAACUGAACAUUUGAAACAUUGCUAUAAUGACAUAUUUUGCAAUGGUUAUGAUUUUGUUGUAGUGAAGACUUUAGUAAAAGGUACAGAUUUUGAGAAAAAGUUGUAAAAUCUUAUUACUAUAUACUGUAACCACUAGUGCAUAGAAUUUAAGAGAGAUUAUUAAUAAAUCAGGUGACUUUUUUGGUCUGCAAUGAGCCACUUUAAUGACCUUGUCAAAAUUCCAAUGGGGAUACAUCAUCAUUAUAUUCACAUGCAAUCCUCGAUCUUAUCCCAUAGCAGAGACUUGAUUAAAAACAAAAUUAAUUUAAUGAAGUGUCUUUUUAGCUACAUGUACAAUAUCUCUUUACAUUUGAAUACAAAUGAUAUCUAUUGCAUCAUGAUAAUGUACAUCUUCCUGUUGCUUUGCCAGAUGAAACUUUCAACUUCAAGGAACCUUCUCCAAUAUUUGCUGUCACAUCAGGGUUUGAUGUUCCUGAACCGAUGAAGAGUUGCCUGAAGAAGUUUAAGCUGGAGUUCCAGAAAAGCAUAAACAAAGAUACAACCCAUGUUGUAAUGCAUACAGUUCCAAGUGCAAGUCAAGUCUGCGACCGCAGUUUAAAAUUUUUGAUUGGAAUCUCAAAAGGGCUUUGGGUGGUUAACGAUGGGUGGUUGACUGACAGCGUGAAGGCCAACAGGAUCAUGCUAGAGGUAAUUAAUUUACGUAUACUCUAGCAUUGACAAGUAGCCAAAUUGAAUAUAAAAGAAAUGUACAAAUUGUACAUGUAUACCUAAUAUAAAGACCAAUUAUGGAAAAGCUAGAGUGCUAUCCCCACCACAUAGUUAACAUAAUUGCUGGAGUAGGUGCAUGGAAAUGCAUGUAAAGUAUACAUCAAGUUUUAUGACAUC